CAUAGCAGGUGCAUUUGUUAAUUAUCUUUGUUGACCUCAGUAAUCUAUGGCUAACGUUGUAAAUUGCAUGGGAUGGAUCUUGAUCUCGAGCGGCCAGAAUGUAUAUCCAGUUAUUUGGUAUUCCGCACCUCGGCUCCAUGUACAACCGAUGCCGCAUCUAUGUAAAGUAGCGACUGCGCUUCAGUUUGAGAGUCGGGAUCGCUUUCACUCGCAUAAUGUCUUCCCAUUACGAUUUUCUCUACUUUGACCGUCAUGGUUUAGCUUUGACAGGAAGAACUCUUCUUUCCCUCAGCGGCUUUGACUGGACCAACACUUAUCCUAAGAACUGGAAUGAAGAGGAAAAGCCCAAAACCCCGUUCGGAAAGAUGCCAGUAUUAACUGAAACUCGAGCUGACGGUACUAAGUUUGUUCUCGCUGAAAGCAACGCCAUUAAUCGUUAUGUGGCGCGUAAGUCUAGUAUCGGUCUUCUCGGUUCAAACGAAGAUGAAGCUGCUCUCAUCGACCAGUACUAUGAAAGCUGGGGCGAAAUUGUUGCUAAGGGCGGUAGAACUCGAAGAUUAAGGGAACUUGAACCUGAGAAAUACGCCGAGCAAUUUGAAAUCUUCAAAGAAACUGUUGCAAAUCCAAUUCUGAUUAAGCAUGAGGAAGCUCUGAUCAAGAACGGUACCGGCUACUACGUUGGUGACAAGCUCUCUCUCGUUGAUGUCCAUGCCACUUGUUUAAUCACCGCUUUCGGACCUCUCCUUUCGAUUGAAGAGAAUUACCCUCAUCUUUGGAAGCUAGUUCAAAACGUGCGCUCGCUGGAAGCUGUUAAGACUGAAGUAGAACGCUUCUCUAUGCCCUCCAGAACAUAAAAUAUACUAGUUCUUUUCCGAACAAAAUAUAGCUUUAUUUUGCUUUGAAAAAAAUCAACGGAUACGCUUGCGAAUCGUAGGAGUACCAAUGUCUUUGAGGGAUUGUAAAAGUCGCCAUUGCGAAGGAAAAGGAUUGGCUGUCAGGUCGUGGUGGUUGUUUUCACCGUGUAACACCAAUGA